CCAUAACACUUCGGCAAAAAGGCUCUAACUGCCGUGUGCGCGAUGUCCCACAUGUGUAGUGCGGCACGUCUCCCAUCACACUAUAACUAUAGGAGUGCCCUCUGCCGUCUUUGUCUUUAUCUCGUAUACUUCAUUCACCAACCCUCUAUGGAGUCAUGCGAAUCGCGAUCAUUCCGGCUGACCCCACUUUCAUCCCAGCACUUUAUCCCUGCGGCCAUAAUCGAGUCUAGGGGGGGCGGCCCUGCCACCAAACUCAUUACUCUCUCCAUCCCGAAAGCUUCGGUUCCUGAGGACUGUUAGUCAAUAUAUAAUAUUUGAUCUACAUUAAAGACGACGAUCUUCAGAUAGAACGGCCGCAUACUCCAUUGUUUGGGGUAGAAAAUAAUAGUAAAAUGGUUUUCUGGGCGCCUUUUCUCGCCUACAGUUGAUGUCUGAGGCUGGCCACGCCGUGAAUUUCAUGCUACAUAGAUCUUUGGCGGAACAGGCAUCACGCCGUUCUUCCAGCUGCUUAACCUCUUUCUGCAGGGUGUUCGGGUAAAGCGAUGACCAAGCCACGCAUCACCAUGCUUCAUUAUUCCCUGAUCCUGCAGAGCCCCCACCAAUUAUUAUUUUCUCAACACUCCGAUCUGUUGAACAGUCUCAUCCAGGUGCUUUUACCCUCAAAGUCUUCGUCGAUAGUCUGCAUCCAUCCUCUCCUGCAUACACUGAUGCCUCAUUCAAGCCUUUACAUA